AAGGUGAAGCAUUAUAUGCUAUGACAUUAUAUAACCACAUUGCACCCCUCACUUCAUUUAAACCCUAAGCCUAUUCCUUCAACAUCCAAACAAGAAGAGGGGGGACCCAAAAAAAAUAUACACAAAAGUGAUGGAGGUGGAGAGAGUGCAGGCCUUGGCCAUCAGAGGGCUGAACGAGCUUCCAGUGAAGUUCGUUCGACCAGCCCACGAGCAGCCCGAGAAUAGCAAGGCCCUAGAGGGAGUCACGGUGCCCGUGAUCUCCCUUGCUCAGCCUCAUGAUGUUGUGGUCAAGGAGGUGGCAGCGGCAGCCACUGCAUGGGGCUUCUUUCUCAUUACUGACCACGGCAUACCGUCACCUUUGAUCCAGCAAUUGCAGAAGGUAGGGCAUGAGUUCUUUUUGCUCCCACAGGAGGAGAAAGAGGCCUAUGCAAAUGACCCAGCCAGUGGGAGGUUUGAUGGGUAUGGGACUAAGAUGACCAAGAACCAUGACGAGAAGGUCGAGUGGAUCGACUAUUUUUUCCAUCUGACUGCCCCUCCAUCUAAGGUCAACUAUGAAAUCUGGCCUAAGAACCCUCCAUCUUACAGGGAAGUGAAUGACCAAUACAACAAGGAGAUGCUAAAAGUAACAGACAAGUUACUGGAGGUGCUUUCAGAGGGUCUAGGGCUGGAAGCAAAGGUUCUGAAAUCUCAUCUGGGAAAUGAAGAAGUAGAAUUGGAAAUGAAAAUCAACAUGUACCCUCCAUGCCCACAACCCCAACUGGCCCUAGGAGUUGAGCCCCACACUGACAUGUCAGCCCUAACCCUGCUAGUCUCCAAUGAUGUUCCAGGCCUUCAGCUGUGGAAAGAUGACAACUGGGUUGCUGUCAAUUACUUGCCAAAUGCAGUUUUUGUUCACAUUGGUGAUCAGAUGGAGGUCUUGAGCAAUGGCAAGUACAAGAGUGUUCUUCACAGAAGCUUGGUGAACAAGGAACGUAUGCGCAUGUCGUGGGCUGUUUUUGUUGCUCCUCCGCACGAGGCUGUGAUUGGGCCUCUGCCGGAGCUUCUGGAAGAGAAAAACCCUGCCAAAUACUCAACCAAGACAUAUGCUGAAUACCGACACCGGAAAUUCAACAAGCUCCCACAAUAGGAGUGAUUUAUUCCAUUUGUGCCUUGUAUCAACCAUCACAAUAAAAUUUCUUCAAUGGUCCCAAUGGUUCGUAUGUUUUGCUGUUUGUUAGAAUUUGUGCGUAGUACUUGCAUUCUGUGAGGGCCUUCACAAAGUCAAGUCAGUUCAUCUUCAUCAUCAUCCAUCUGUAUGGUAUCAUUUGCUCAAAUUGUACCAUUUCGUCACAAUCUGUUGUAAUAAUGUUCCAUGAAUCAAAUUUGAAUUGUUUCAAACUUUGAAUGCCAUUAUACUUGCUGUAGCUGUUAAAUCCAA